CAAACUCCACUUUUGCUGCAUGACCUCAUACAUCCAGAGGAGGAGGAGAAAGGGGAACCUGUCCUGCCAAGGGCCAGGAGCCAAAAGGGCAAAGUGCAAUAUUCAUUUGAGGAAAGGAGAGGACAGAGAUCACAAGAACAGUGACACAGACCUCCUUAAAAACACUCCGGCAACUCCCUCCAGCAGGUAACAUCGAUUCAAACACUACAUGAGCCAGAGGCAGGAAGACUGUUGUCCUCUUAAGAUACAGAAGAUAGUCCUUGGUGUUGUGGCUUCAUUCAGUGUUAACCAUGACAACUCCAGAGACACCUAACCGAGUGGUGCAUCGAAACAUAAAGACCCAUCAGUCAGAGGAGCUCUCCGGUCCUGCAGCUGGAAACCGUAAUAAUGUGCUAGAAGAAGAUCUAAAACAGUGGCAGAAACAUGCACAGAGUGUGAAGGAGAAAGUCCUGGAGCAGGUCCAGGGUCAGCUCAGUGAUUUACUGGACAAAGCUCUGACUGAAUCCGUCCAGUCUUUCAACCAAAUACAGCCAACAGUCAAUGGAAAGACAACAAACAAAUCUGCACCCAGAUCUCAGAGAACGGAUGACGGCAAAGUGUUUGUGGCCAGGCCUUCACUGUUGGAUGAACUCUUUGAGAUCAACCACAUCAGGACCAUCUACCACAUGUUCAUUGCCGUACUCCUCAUCUUCUGCCUGAGCACACUGGCUGUGGACUUCAUCGACCAGGGCAGGAUUGUUUUGGAGUUCGACCUGCUGUUUUUCGCCUUUGGGAAGCUGGGCACGGUCGUCUGGGCCUGGGCUGUGAUGUUUUUCUACACCCUGCUCGUCCCCUACCUCACGCUGAUGUGUUGGGGAUCUUUGUAUCACAGCUUCCCCUCUAAGCUGGGGCUGUCUCUCGGCACUGGCCUGAUCCUGUCUGUAGCGCAGACCUACGUUCUGGGACUCUUCCCCAUCUUUGUGGUUGUACAGUACCAGCUGCCACCAGCCUCGCGGUUUAUUGUGAUACUGGAGCAGAUUCGAUUCCUGAUGAAGAGCUACUCUUUCGUAAGAGAAACCGGUCCUGUUAUCAUGAGGAACAUACCAAAGGAAGGAGAAAGCCCCAGAUUCCCAACACUUUCCAGCUAUCUGUACUUCCUCUUCUGUCCGACUCUCAUCUACAGGGAAUCAUAUCCUCGGAAUACCCACAUAAGAUGGAAGUAUGUUGGCACCACAACUGGAAUGAUUUUAGGAUGCCUCUUCUAUGCCUACUUCAUCCUGGUCCGCCUUUGUGUGCCUGUCUUCAGACCUGAGACCAAACAGCCUUUCAGUAAACGAACAAUGGUCCUGGCUGUGUUCAACUCAAUAUUACCAGGUAUAAUGCUCCUCCUGUUGUGUUUCUUCGCCUUCCUGCACUGCUGGCUCAACCUCUUCGGGGAGCUCCUUGGUUUCGCUGACAGAAUGUUUUACAAGGACUGGUGGAACUCGACGUCCUUCGCCAACUAUUACCGUACCUGGAAUGUGGUCGUUCAUGACUGGCUCUACCAAUACGGAUACAGAGACUUCCUCUUGCUGUCGAAGAGGAAAUUCCGAACAGCUGCUAUGCUCUCCGUCUUCAUCGUCUCUGCUGUCGUCCAUGAGUACGCCUUGGCCAUAGGCUUUGGAUUCUUCUAUCCCGUCAUGUUCUUUCUCUUCGCCGUCUUUGGAGUGGUGUUCAACUUUGCCAUGAACGACAAGCGACAGAGCCCUGUGUUCAACGUCAUCAUGUGGACGUCUCUCUUCCUCGGACAGGGCGUCCAGGUGUGUUUGUACUGCCAGGAGUGGUACGCUCAGAUACACUGCCCUCGGACAGAGAACAGCUUCUGGGAGAUGGUGACGCCUCGAUCGUGGACGUGCAGCUACCAGAGAUGAUGCUGCCUUUCUGCGUGAAUGGAGGGAUGAAUGAUGAAAGGGUAGAGGUCUGAACAAUGUAAGACUAGCAAUAGCAAGGAACUUGAAAGAUAUGUUAAUAUGUAUGUUUUUUUUAGUGUAAUAAGAUUUAUCUGGGUCAAGAUGUGACUGUCACUGUUAUCUUGUUAAGUUGUUAUUCAGAUGUGAUGCUUUUCACAAGUCUCACUUCUGAAUGAUUCCUAUUUUUAUACAGAAAGUAUUAAAUACUGUAAAACUUUCUUUAGAAAUGAUUGCAAUGAGCUGAUAUUUAUCGUUUUCCUGUUGAUUGUUGUACUGUGCGCAAAAUGUUGCAUAUUAAUAAAAGGUAUUGACAAAGUCCUCGUGUGCAAAGUUUAAAACACUUUUGUCAUGUUGUAAAACGUUUUUGUUUAUGGAUUAAACAAACAAAAAUGGAUGAGCUUUGGAGAUGCUGGCACAUUCUUGACCUCUGCCAGGCUAGCUGUUCCCCUGUUACCAGUACUUAUCCUAAGCUAAGCUAAUCACCUCCUCAGCUAAAACACAGUCAACAGGGAAAAUAUGUAAUGUAUAUUCAUAAGCUAUUUAAGUAUCAUAAGAUCCCUGAAAGUAGAUUUAUGAAUUAUAUAAUGUUUGUUUUUUUAAAGUCCACAGGGCAUCUGGCCACAGUGUGUGUUACGUGUCUGAUCCGGCCUGGGUUGACAUUCAGCUGGCAGGGAUUGGCUGGGAGAGCAUGUACCUUAAACAACCAACCACAGGCAGAGUCUUAUCAGUGUGCCACAAAGCCUCUGUUUGUCUGCCUGCCACCUUCCUCUGAAUUCAUACAGGAAGAAGAGAUUACCAUGGGUAGUGUUUGCAUUUGUGAUGUAAUGCUCUGUAAACUGAUACACUAAAAAACCAUGUAAGGUCAGAGAGGCAGAGCAGGACGGCUAGUUUUAGAGGCAGCAUCCAUAUUAGAAUGUAUUAUAUUUAUGUCUACGUUUGACAUAUUUCAUCAAAUGUUAUGCUUGAAAAUGAAAUCAUCCGUUUCUUGCAUUUUCUCUUUUGACAUACUUUUAUUCCCCAUCUUUCUUAUGACUAAUGAAAGGGAGCUGUCAUGUAUUAUUUAUGGGAUAUUUUGGCUAGAUGAAUACAACGAAAAAUAAAUUCUAAGUAACACAUGCCGAGUAAGCAGCGACAUAAAUCUCCAUAAAAAGUUGCUUUUGAAAACUGUCCAGCAGAAAUUGAACAUUGUAAUUAGCUUGGAGUCGUGUUUCUGGCCUUCUGACUAAUAUAAAUAAAAUGUUCACUUUCAUUUAA